AUGGCAACCGAUUUUGAUCCCGCUCGGGCUAAAAAACGUCGCUCUAUUGUAAAGUCAGCAUGCACGCGGAUAAAAACGUACGUAGACUCUAUUACCGCGGUCACCCCGAGAGUGCUCUCACAACUCGAAGAACGCAAGGGAAAGUUAGAACAAUACUGGACUGAAUACAAUGAUGUGCAAACGGAGUUAGAAAUGUAUGAUGACUCCGAGCAGAGUGAUAGAAUCGCGUUCGAAGAUGCCUUCUAUGAACUGUCGUCCAGGAUUCGCGACCGGUUAAGGCCUUCGUCGGCAUCGCGCAACGUGACUGCCCCCUCCCCUACGCCGUCAAACGUGUCUGACGCGCCUUCGUCUUCAUUCAAUGUUCGUCUGCCCAAGCUCGAUCUGCCAAAAUUUUCGGGCAAAUACGAUGAGUGGGUUCCCUUCUGCAAUGCUUUUCGAUCAGCUAUUCACUCGAAUCCGUCUCUGAGUAAUGUACACAAACUGCAAUACUUAAGAGCCGCGACCACCGAUGACGCGCAUAAGGUUAUUUGUUCUCUCGAGAUCUCGGACGAAAACUAUCCGGUCGCGUGGAAUUUAUUGAACGAACGCUAUGACAAUAAGCGCGUUAUUGUACAGAGUCACCUCAAAGCUCUAAUUGAGCUACCCAUUAUGAAGAAAGAAAGCGCCGCCGAGCUCCGGCAAAUCGCCGACGGUGCCGCGCGACACGUUCAAGCUUUAAAGGCAUUAAAGCGUCCGACAGACAAUUCCGACGACUUGCUCGUUUAUUUGCUUAGUGCAAAACUUGACCCGAAUACCACGCGCGAUUGGCAAAAAUCUCUCGCAAACGAUAAAUUGCCCACAUUUCAAGAGUUCUCGAGUUUCUUGGUACAGCAAUGUCAGGUUCUUGAAUCUACUCAAAGAUCUUCUGGUGCCGGCGCGCGGAACGCAACGUCGCGCUCGCAAUCCGACAGUAAGCAGAAAACUACAUGUAACGCGGCCGUGCAAUCUAAAUGUAAUUAUUGUCAAGCUGGCCAUUCCAUUUAUCAAUGCAAGAAAUUCUCAGCGCUUUCGGUUCAGCAGCGAAUAGAAAAUGCUCGGUCGCGCAAACUGUGCCUCAAUUGCCUGCGCCCGGCGGAUCACGCCACCAGGCAGUGUCCGUCCGGAAGUUGCAGGGUGUGCUCUCGUAAGCACAACACGUUGCUACACCUUCAAGGCUCUGCCUCGGAUCAAGCCAAGGUAGAGGACGAAACGAACCAGGUGUCUAACCCGAUCGAGGCCACCGCAUCUAAUUCAACUAACGUUGUUGCUACUCACUCCUACCGGGCCGGAAGUUCCGAUUGCGUCAUGCUGUCAACCGCGCUCGUGAUUGCCGAGGGAAACAACGAUUUGCGGCGCUCCUGCCGAGUGCUUCUGGAUUCUGGAUCACAAACCAGUUUCGUCACUAGAGAAUUCGUGAGGUCUCUAGGUCUCACUCCGCGCUCCACAAACGUUUCUAUAUCCGGUAUAGGCGGGGCUAUGACGUGUUCCAAGCAAGCGGUGCAAAUUACGUUACGAUCCAGAUUGAAUUCUUCCUCUCUCACUGUCGAUUGCAUCGUAGCCGAUCGUAUAACUGAUGACUUGCCGAGCUUUACUAUUAAGCGCUCCGCCUUUGAUCUCCCGCGUAAUCUUCCGCUGGCUGAUCCCAAUUUUAAUGUCUCAUCAGGAAUUGACGUCUUGAUCGGUGCUGAGGCUUUCUGGAGCCUUCUCUGCGUAGGGCAAAUCAGGGCAUCAAACAGACAUCCCCUACUGCAAAAGACAAGAUUAGGCUGGAUCCUAGCCGGUAAAUUAAAUGCGCCGCCUCCUCCGACGAGGCAUGUCAGAGCUCUCCACUCCGCUGUUAGCAAUUCCACACUACAUCAGCAACUUGCCAAAUUAUGGCACUUAGAAGACAUCUCUAACGACUCUCAAGCUCUUACCUCUCAAGAAAAGAUUUGCGAGAAUCACUUCGCAAGUACAGUGACCAGAGACGCUCAAGGCCGAUACAUUGUACAGCUCCCAUUCAAGCAGGAGUUGGUUCCUGAAUUAGGGCAUUCCAGAGAUAUCGCCUUGAAAAGGUUCUUCUCCUUAGAAAGACGUUUUGCUCGUCAACCUACCUUGCGGGCGAGGUAUUCAGAAUUCAUGCAAGAGUACCUCGCGCUAGGUCACAUGCGUCCGAUCCGCGAAGAGCCAACAAGCACGGUCAACGCCUAUUACCUUCCUCACCACUGUGUGGUAAAGGAGGACGCGAAGGGCACUAAGCUCAGAGUCGUCUUUGACGGAUCAUGCAAGACUGAAACCGGACUGUCACUAAACGAUUGCUUGCUAACAGGACCGGUCGUUCAAAAUGAUCUCUCCUCUAUUCUCUUGCGAUUUCGCACUUUCAAAUACGUCCUAGUUGCCAAUAUAAUAAAAAUGUAUCGCCAGGUUCUAGUACAUCAAGACCAUACGCGAUUCCAACGAAUCUUGUGGCGUCAGGAUAAAAGCGCGGAACUUCGAACUUUCGAAUUACUUACUGUUACCUAUGGUACCGCAUCUGCCUCGUACCUAGCUACGCGAUGCCUUACUCAUCUGGCUGAUCAUUAUUCUAGCGAAUUUCCCGUUGGCUCUUUGCGUCUAAGGCGCGAUUUCUAUGUUGACGACCUGCUUACCGGGGCUGACACUAAGUCCGAAGCAUUAACUAUUCGGGAUCAAAUUAUUUUGUUGUUGAGACAAGGAUGCAUGGAACUGAGUAAGUGGGGAUCUAACUGCGCCGAGCUUUUAGAGAACGUCAAUGACCUCGGCGAAAGACUUGUGUCCUUCGAUAAGGAGAGCAACUUUCUCAUAUUGGGUAUCUUAUGGGACAGAGAAGAAGAUACGUUUCAUUUCUCAUUCACGGAUUCGCAAACCCCCAGCACUAUAUCAAAACGGUCUAUAUUGUCAGAGGUGUCAAGCCUAUUUGACCCUUUAGGAUUAAUUGGUCCCGUAAUCGUGGUCGCAAAGGUACUGCUGCAGGAAUUGUGGCAAUUGGGUCUGGACUGGGAUGAGUCCAUUCCCCAGGACCUCCACGCCAAAUGGAUUCAAAUUAAAACACAGUUGCCAGAUUUGAGCGCAUUACAAAUCCCUCGUCGCGUUACAUAUCAUGCUGAUCCCAAUCGCAUCCAGGUUCAUGGCUAUUGCGACGCGAGUCAACUCGCUUAUGGUGCCUGUAUAUAUGUUCGCAGUCAAACUGAUACAGACAGCUUCCGCUCGCAGCCUCUAUGCUCGAGAUCUCGAGUUGCGCCCCUCAAGGCGCUUUCCUUGCCACGACUCGAACUCUCGGCGGCCUUGCUUCUGGCUCAACUCGUGGACAAGGUUAAGUCCGCGCUACAACUGCCUCACGUAAAAAUAUUAUUAUGGUCAGAUUCGACCGUGACGCUGAACUGGAUAUCGUCUCCGUCUCGCCGAUGGUCCACAUUCGUUGCCAAUCGAGUCGGGGAAAUCCAGCGCAUAACCGAGCCAAUGAGCUGGCGGCAUGUCGCGUCGCCCGACAAUCCCGCGGACGCCUUGUCGAGAGGCCUGUUUCCGAAAGAUUUAAUUCACUCUGAUCUGUGGUGGCAUGGCCCGGACUAUUUGCGGCAGCCUGAGGCUCAGUGGCCCUGUGGCAAGUUUAAUCGUCUAGAUAACGUCCCUGAACAAAGGAAAUCUGCACUUGCGAUGGUCAUUCGCACGGACUUCAGCAUCAUAAACGAUUUGAUUGCUAGAUUGUCUAGUCUAAACAAAAUAUGUCGCGUCAUAGCUUAUUGUCUCAGAUUCUCUAAACCCGCCUUAAAUAGACCCUCUACCGCGGAGACAUCCCCGGAGGAGGUUCUCCAAGCUCUACAUGUUUUAUGCAAGUUGGUUCAACAACAAGCAUUCACUACCGAGUAUCACGCACUAAGCAAAUCUCAAGACAUUGGUGCCUCGAGCAACUUAAACUGUUUGUCUCCUUUCAUGGACGAUCACGGCCUGAUGAGGGUAGGGGGGAGAUUGAAAAAUUCCUCGCUCUUACCAGACGCGUGUCAUCAAAUAGUCCUUCCGCGGAACCAUCUACUAACAAAACGUAUAAUUGAAUUCGAGCACGUUCGCAACCAUCACGCCGGCUUACAAGCUACUAUGGCUUUUAUCAGGCAGCGAUUUUGGCCUCUCUCUUUGAGAGCUAUAACCCGCAAGGUCUUACACAGUUGCGUUACUUGCUUCAAGGCUAAACCCGCGUUUUCGGAGGCCUUAAUGGGUUGCCUGCCAGCUCCAAGAGUCACGAUGUCUCGACCCUUCACGCAUUGCGGAGUGGACUACGCCGGUCCCGUGAACCUUAAAGAGGGUGCGCGUCGCAAUGCGCGAUGUCAUAAAGCAUACGUGGCCUGCUUUGUGUGCUUUGCUACCAAGGCGGUGCAUCUGGAGCUGGUCAGUGACCUGACCACUGAUGCCUUUAUCUCCGCUCUUAGGAGACUCAUAUCCCGCAGAGGGAGGCCUAAUCGCAUCUAUUCGGACAACGCUACUACCUUCGUAGGGGCAAGCCGGCAAAUGAAAGAAUUUUACGACUCAUUACGAACAAACGCUACGCAAACGGCCAUAGAACGAUUCUUGCGCGACCAGCAAAUCUCUUGGAGUUUCAUACCUCCUAACGCUCCGCAUUUUGGCGGCCUUUGGGAGGCGGCAGUUAAGUCCGCAAAACAUCAUCUUGCGCGGAUUGUCGGAGGGCAUAAUUUGACUUUCGAAGAAAUGCUAACUAUCCUUUGUGAAAUCGAGGCAAUAUUAAACUCGCGUCCCAUAACCGCGUUGAGCUCCGACCCGAACGAUAUGUCAUAUCUAAGCCCGGGGCACUUUUUGAUCGGCUCUCCUCUGAACAGCUUUCCUUACCCUGACCUAAGCGAUGUAAACACAAACAGACUCUCGCGAUGGGAGGUUAUACAACAAAUGCGCCAGCAUUUUUGGUCCAGAUGGAGCGCCGAAUAUCUUCCCUCUCUCCAACCGCGCCUGAAAUGGAGACGGGAGAAGGGACCUCAGCUAGAAGUCGGUCAGCUUGUCCUAUUAAAGCAACCGGGCCUCCACCCCUUGCAAUGGAUGACCGGACGAGUGGAGCAAAUACACCCUGGCACAGAUGGCAUAGCGCGCUCUGCUACUGUCAGGACUGCUAAAACGUCAUAUGUCAGACCUCUUUCCAGGUUAGCGAUAAUACCAACGCAAGCGACGAAUCAGUAA